AGCAUUGUCUUAAGUUCUUAACAUCAUUUUUUCCCGUCUCUUCUUCUUCUUCUCUCUCUAUUUUUAUUUUUUUCUUCCCCUCUCUUCUUCUUCUUCUUUCGUCCUUUUUAGGUUUUCAAUUCAAACCUCAACAAAAGUUUCCCCCUUUUUUUCUUCUUCUUCUUCCAAACCCUCUCCAUUUCCCUUUUCUCUGUUUGUUUUCAUUUUCUGAAAGACUCUGCCUUUACCCCCUUACCUCUCUCUUUCUCUCUAUUUUCACACAUUUUUUUCCUCUAAGAAAACAUGAGUAGCCUUUCUAGGGUUUCAAUCCCUAACACCGUUAAGAAAACGAUCCAAAACAUCAAAGAGAUCGCUGGUAAUCACAGUGAUGAUGAAAUAUAUGCAAUGCUUAAAGAGUGUUCUAUGGAUCCAAACGAGACCACUCAGAGACUAUUGUAUCAAGAUACAUUUCAUGAGGUCAAGAGGAAGCGUGAUAAGAAAAAAGAGCAGAAUGUGAACAUCAGAGAGUUGGCAGAUUCUAGGUGGAGGCCUGGCCCCCAGGGGCGAGGAGGUAGGAGUGGGCGGCCAAACGAGUUUCCUCGCUACAAUUCUCAAGCUGUCUGUCCAGAUGCUGGUGUUGGGAGAAAUGGUAUAUCUGUGAAGGAAAAUGGAGUCAAUCAGGGACCAGAUAAAGCGGGUAUUCUUGAUUUGCCGGUUUCUCUGGAUACGGAAAAUAAAGCUGCAAGUUCUCUACCAGGGAUGGCAAAUGGAAAUUUUAAUACUCCUAAUGGAAGUUCAAUUCUUGGGCCUCCCACACAGAUGGCCACAGGUGGUGGUACGAACUUUUCUGUGAACUUUACUAAGGUAAGGAAUGCACCAGAACCACAUGUUAAUGGAAAAAUUACCCCACCAUCUGGAGUCAACAUUUCACGUGAGAGGUCUACACCCAAUCCCAAGCACAUUGUACCACCACCAUCUGUGCUUGGAGUUUAUUCCUCGGCUUCAGAUCCCGUUCUGGUGCCGUCUGUAGACUCACGAGUCCCUGGUGCAGUAGGAACAAUUAAGCGUGAAGUGAGGGUUCAACGUGCAGCCGUGGAACCUAACUCAGAUGCCCCUAACGAUACUAUAUCCUCUACUUGUCAGGAGAUUGCAGACAGUUCCCAAAUGACAAUAAAACCUUUGGGAGCGGAAAACAGCCAGCAGUUGGAGUUGUCAGAACCUUCUUCUUCACAAGCUGUAGGCCCUGGUAGGGAGUGGAAACCAAAGCCAAUGAGUUCAAAUGCAGCUUUGGCUUCAGGUGAAGUUGCCAUGUUAAAGAUUGAAACCGUUACAGACGAGGCCGGUGACGAGUCAGUGCCUGAACUUACGGAGUCUGUAUCUGAAGAUGCAAUUAUGCCACUUCAGAAGAAGCUAGAAGAGGUGCAUUUUUUCUCUGACAGUCAACAUGUUAUUAUUCCGAACCAUCUCCAUGUCGCUGAAUCUGAAAGAAGUGGGUUGAGUUUUGGAAGCUUUGAAGCUGGUUUUGGCGUGACAACAAGCUAUAUUGGUGGCCAUGAUGCUGAAAAGAGCUCUACACCUUUAUCGGAAUCCCCUCAGGAAACUGCAGAAGUUGCUGAAGAAUCGUUCUCGAGCAAUCAGGAGACGCCCGAAGAUGCCCUGGAAGGAGAAAAUUUUGACGACUCACAGUCGCCCAAGGAUGUGAUGGAAAAUGUAUCACCUGAAGAGGCCAAUAUUUCAUCUUCUGCAGUGGAGGAUCAUGACCAGCCCAAGUUAGAGACCGUACUCCCUCCAGGAGGUCCUCAAUUUUCCGUGGUCCACACUGUUCCGACGUACUCCACUUUUGGAUUGAUGCCGCCAAUGUUGGGAACCCAGUUUGCUCCCUUCGAUAGCUCUGACCCCCAGGCACGUGCCUUUGUCGUUCAGCAAUCAUUUGAUCCUGCAAACUAUUACAGCCAAGUAUAUCGAGCUGGUACUGACGGUGACGGCCGCUUCUCUCCCUUACUUACACCCGCUGCUGCUGCUGCAACCAAGUUUAAUGGAAAUAUAGCACUAUUGUCCUCGCAGGCUGGUCAAUCUCCUCAAGAGAGUGGGGAUUCUCUUAUUCAUUCUACAAGUCCAACACCUCAUGCGAGCCAAGCUAUUGGAGUCAUGCCAAGUUCUAUUUCGGUAUCCCAGCAACCAGUUCCUGUUUUUCGACACCCUCAAGCGAUGCACAUGCCUCAUUUUCCUCCAAAUUACCUUCCAUACGGCUCAUACUAUUCACCUUAUUUUGUGCCACCUCCCACAAUUCACCAAUUCUUGAGCAACAGUGCGUUCCCUCAACAACCCCCAAGUGGCAGUGUGUACCCGACUCCUGUUGCAGCAACAGCUGCUGCUGCUACAGGUAUCAAAUACUCUCUUCCACAAUUCAAAGUUGGCGGCACUACAGGAAACCCAACCCACAUUGGAAUGCAACCCGGCUAUGCACAGUUUAGCUCCCUCCCAUCUGGUUACAGUCCCAGUCCUGCUUCCACCACUGGUGGUAACUCCUCCGGGAAUGAAGAUUUAGUGGCGCCUCAGUUUAAAGAAAAUAAUGUCUACAUCACCGCUCCACAGAGUGAAGGUGGUUCAGCUGUCUGGGUUCCUGCACCAGGGAGAGAGAUUUCUGGAAUGCAGGCUGGUCCUUUUUACAAUCUGCCUCAGGGACAGCACAUAGCAUUUGCUCCAUCCCAAACUGGGCAUCCAGCCUUUGCUGGGAUAUAUCACCCAACACAGGCAAUGGGAGGAACUGUUCACCCUCUGCUUCAGCAGUCUCAAGCCAUGGCUGGAGCUGUUGAAAUGGUAGGGCCUCCUGCAGGUGUUUAUCAGCAGCAGCCUCAACGCACACAGGUGAAUUGGACCAAUACUUACUGAAAUAGAAAGAAGUUACAUUAUAUUUUUUGGAGACUUACUAAAACGAGAAAUACAAGUCGAUCUUCUGGAUUUUCUGAGAGACCCAAAAAGUUAGGGGAGAAAAUACAGCGGCCUGCUUUUGGAGUGUAAAUAAUAUAAAGAUGGCUGAGAAAUUGGGGAAGAUUUUUCCAGUGGUGAAUGGAAGACAAAUUUACUAAAUGACCAUUUUUCAAGUUAAUUUAGAGAGAAAUUGAUGGACAGAGCAGGUCUUUUGUUAGUUACUGCAGGGUUUCGGGUUCCCCCCCUUUUGUUGUUCUUAUUCUUCUUCUAGCCUUCUAAUUGUCUGUAGGUGCUGAAAAGAUUUGGUAUUUUCAUUUCUUUUCCUUUAUCUGGGUGUCUCCUAGGACUUUCCGGAAGGUAAGAUAAAAAUUUGGUGCUUUUUUCUCAUUCAUCAACCUUAGUUUCACCAAUUCGUACCUGUAAAUUAAAUUUUGGUAACUAAAAUUAAAUUCUGUACUAAACAAACUUUACAUUGUUGUAAUUGGUUAUAAAGGAGUAGAAUUACAUU